AUGCGUUACUUGGAAACAAAAUACAAAACUAAUGCGAAUCCAGAUGAGACAGAAAGUGAAACUAACAGCAACAAUGCAGAAGAACAAUUGUAUUACAUUCAGUCUGAUCUGAAACUAUAUGAAGGACUAAAAUUUGGCAUUGUCUUAAAUGGUAAAAUGGUUGAAAUGGAGGUUGACACUGGAGCAUCUGUUUCUAUUGCUUCAGAGAAGACAUGGGAGAAGAUUUUCAAGAAAUGCCCAUUGGAGAAAACUCUACAUGCAACAAAGACCAUGUCAGAGGUUCUUCUGGAAGAUCUAAAGCCACACUGUGCUCUGGGAGCUUUUCCUCAAUCACAGGAAUUAGCGAUUCAGGAGAACGUGGAUCAGGAUUUUCCCUGUUGUGGACAAGCAGAAAAUAGCUCAAUAGUUUCAACAGCAUCAUUAUCUCCCUUCUUGAAUAUAUUUACGGUCUUGUGCAGCAAUAGUUUACUGGACUCUGCGGAAUAUUGGUUACGGAAUGAGAAGAAACUUUGCCGGGUUGGAUUCCUGGAAGAUAAGGCAGGAAACAGCUGCCCGACGAUCUGUUUUGUAAAUCUUGAUGGAGUGGAUGCAAAGAGCAAUAGUAAGGAAUUCCAACAGAAAUUAGUUACUGUGUCUCCUGAUCUCCCAUACCUCAUCAAUUCUUUGAACGUUUGCCAAAUGAAAGAUAAUGAACUCAUUCUUGUGAGUGGAUUAAUUUCUCCAGGAAGCUGUCAGGGCAAUUCAGAUGAUUCCCAGUCGGCUAGACCACCAGACGUCUGUUUAGUUCAAUCAGCCAGAAGGUGCAGGAAGAAUGAUAUGGCCUGUGUCAUUUAUGACAUAAACAAAUGCAUGAUUGGCUUGGACUAUGUUAAAGGAAAGAAAAUACAUCUUCGUAGCACCACCAAGUCAGGGGAUGACACCAAUUGUUCUGUAUCAUCAAUUGAGGAGGACUUUCUCACGGCCUCUGAACACUUAGAUGAUGAGGAGGUUGAAGCUAGCAAUGUCUUAAGUGAUCCUCUGAGAAUUAGACAUUCAGAACCGUCAAGGGACGCUAAAAAGCCAAAAGGAGAGACUUCGGGUCUCUUGCAGAUGCGACAAAACAAAGAAAAUUUAUUUCUUCAAAGGACAUGCAAUCCCGAGGAUAUUUCAAUGUCCUGGCCCACAGGUGAGGAGACCUCUGAAAACACUGUGCAGACACUUUGCUGCGAAAGCAAACAUAUUUCUGGAGAAGGAGAUAAUGGAAGGCACAAUCUAGAUGAAAAAGCUCGAAAAGAAACCCUUAUCUGCCAAUCGUUUCAAAGCACAGUCUUAGCAAAACAUGGAGUGGAGGAAGAUCAUGGCUCUUGUGCAAUGGAAUGUGUUGGUAAGCACCUUCACAGCAACUCUCUAGCAGAGUUCAUAGAUACACAGGACACUGAGGAUAAACUAAGUGUUUCUUCAUCUCUGGAGGAGAAUCAGAAUGUGGAGGGUGAAUACGCUUCAAACUUAGCAGAAUCUGUUUUGCAAGAUGCCUUCAUUAGACUGUCCCAGUCAGAACCUACUUUUACCACAGAGGCUGCUGUUAGCAUCUCUGCAGAAAACCGUGAUGCUCUUUCACCCAGCAAAACAAAAACAGAUACAAUAAACUCUUCUUGCCCAUGGAAUGUUCUUCCCAAAAUUGUUAUUGUACAAAGUCCAGACAACUGUGAGAAUGCUCCAGAAUGGCACGAGCCAUUUAGUCCAACAGUGGCUUCAUACCUGGACUUAGAACCUUUGAAUGAACCUUCAACCUGGGUUCAGGAACAUGUGAGUGACCACAGGAGUUCUGAGUCAAGUGGAUUGCCUCCUAGUUCUGUGGAGGUUGCACUAGUCUGUGCAGCCAGUAUUGUAGGGACUAUUUCAAGCCCGUAUGUUGCUGAAAGUCUGCAGUUAGACCAAGCCUUAUGUGACACAGAUAAUUUAUCUUGCAAUGGAAACUGUGAAGAUGAAACAUUAUUAAAUGAUCCUGAACGUCAUGAAAUGAACUUCUCGUUCUCUUCAGCACUCUAUGGCGUGACCCAGGUGGCCAGUGCUGUAGGAAUUGCAGGGUUAAAUGACGAACCAGACAUUGGUUUCUCUGCUACUUCAAGCGGUCUCCUAUCUGCAGCUGAAACCUCUGCUGCAAUUACCCUGCGGUGCAGUGUGAAUGUUGGCAGCUGUGUGGAUACAUUUGCCUGUAACAUUGCUGAGGUACUGCUCAAAGAAGCAGCCACUGUUCUUACAAAACCAGACCAUUACAAAAGCGUUGGUGAACUUAUGGAAUCUGUGGACAGAAAAUUAAUUGAAACAGUGACAAGUCCAAAAAUCUCUCAAUGGGAGGAAUUGUCAAUGGAUGAUUUUGCCCAGAAUGUUUCAAAUUUAAUUCUAAAGCACUCUUUCCAAGAAGCAAAUGUAAACAUAGGAAUAACACAUCAGGAAAAAGAAAACCAUUCAGAUGUGAAUCCAACUAGCAUAUUUAUUGAAAGGGCAAAUAAGUCUCUCUUCAGCAUAAUAUUCUCCACUUGUAGGAAAAUCAAGGACAUUGUAAGGCAUAAUGAUCUUUCCAUGGUCUUUCAAGAUGAAACAGACAACUGGAAGGAUUUGGAAAACACUAUCAAGCAGAAGGGUGGAGUUACGCAGAAUUAUAAUAGCAAUGACAGUUCCGAAGACUUUGGGCAGCCAAACAAUGUUCUCUCUAUUCAAGAGAGCCUGAUGGACCCCACAAUCUCAAAUAGAAACAGUUUUGAGGGACUAGACAUUUCACAGCAGAUUAACCUGAACUCAGUGUGGCUUUGCAAUAGACGAGGUAGUGACUGUUCAAACAACACACACAAUUUGACGGACCAACUGGGAUCAAGGAUUGACAGUGCUGCCAUUACAAAUUAUGUUACCCCACAGCAUCAGCAGAAAGUGUGUGACAAAGAUGCAAGUUCAUAUUUCUCCAUUGGCCUUCAUGGGACAGAUACUGGAUAUGGUGGUGUCACGCCAGCACAGACAUGUGGUUUUACUAACACGCCUACAGAAAGCAGAGAAUUGCAGAGAACCAAACCGCAGCCAGAGAAAGAACAGAACUUCCUUAUGAUAAAUGCACAAAAUGCCUUAAGUCCACUUAAAUCUUCAUUCCAUGUUAUGCAGUCAACAGAUACAAACCUUUCAAUAAAUGGGUUUGCUGACCAGAUAUCCAAAACCGUUGUUUCCAUGGCAACAGAGAUGGCAGCCAUUUGUCUUGAAAAUACAAAUGCUAAGCAGCCAUGGUUCUGUCCAUGGAAAAGAAGACUUGGAGACCCGGAAAAAUUCAUGGUUCCACAGUCAUCCUCAUCCAGGGUAGUCAUGAGGAGUAAAGAAUCCCAAAGCAUCACUCCAAUUGGAAAGAGACUUAAGCCACCCAGACUUAGUGAGAUUAAAAGAAAAACACAAGAACAACCUGAACUAAAGGAAAAGCUAAUGAAUAGAGUGGUUGAUGAAUCAUUGAACUUUGACGAUGCCUUAGAGCCAAUAAGCAACUUUGCCAAUGAGGUGGCAGCAAAAAUAGUGAACUCAGCUGAACUGGCCAUGAUGGAUUCUGUGAAGCAAGGACAGGGGCUGACUAGAAAUCGGCUGCUGUGUGAAAGGUGGAGCAGGGGAAAGGCAUCCAGUUAUGAAAGCAUUCCAGAAGAGGCCACAGAUUCCAGCAGUUCAUGGGCUGCCCUGGGUGCCAUGACUAAACUUGGCCAGCCAUUAAGCAGGGCCAGUUCCAUCUCCAAGCAGUCAAGUUGUGAGAGUAUCACUGAUGAAUUUUCGAACUUUAUGGUGAAUCAAAUGGAGAAUGAAGGGUGGGGAUUUGAUUUGCUGCUGGAUUACUAUGCCGGUAAGCAUGCCAGCAAUAUUUUAAAUGCAGCACUCCAGCAGGUGUGCAGAAAAAAUGGGCAUCUCAGUGUAAGUACAUCCUGUCUUUCAAAGCAAUCCAGUACAGAGAGCAUAACGGAGGAGUUCUACAGAUACAUGCUCCAGGAGCUUGAUAAAGAAAGUAAAGAAAAUAAAACCAACAGGGAAUUGCUGGUGCCUGUUGGACGAACAGUCAUGUGUUUCAGGCAGUCGUCAAUGCCAGACAGACGAGCAUCAGAGGAAAGAUUAACAGUAACUCCUCCUGUGAAAGCAAAUUCCUUCGACGGCUUUGCUCAAAAUGAUCGCAGGAACACUUUAGAUAUACACAUGGGUGACACAGCGUUGUCCACUAAUCUCUAUAAAUCUCUAACAGACUCUUGUUUGUAUCGGAAGUGUAAAACUGACCAUAUCACUGAUAUGCUAAUAAGUGAGACUUGGUCAAAUUCCAUUGAGGCCCUAAUGAGAAAGAAUAAAAUCAUCUGUGGUGACACUGCUGGUCAGAGUGCCGAGCAGCUACCAAGUGGAGCCCAGCCACACAUUGACCAAAAUGCCACUGGGGUGUUAUCAGACACUGUUAGGUGUGGGACGUUACCCAUCAGCAGCCAGCAGGAUUCCAUUGAAACUGCAGUCCCUAACUCUGGAACAAAAAAUCAAAACUGUGAGGCAUCCAUUCGGCACAAAUUGGAGAAAACAAAAAUAGUGAUUGAGAAAAAGUGUUUCACAUCACAUGAUUGGGAAACUGUGAAGAGAAAGAAGUUGUCCCACUGCCCAAGGGAAGUCCCUUUAAUUCAUAUAGAGGAUGACCAGAGAGGAGAGAGCACUGAAUCCCUUCAGGCAAAGACAGCUUGUACUACAAAGGCAUUGACUGAAAGGAGGCUAUUGGAAAGGAAGCUCCCAGAAGUUGAUUCUGAAGGGCAUACUGAGUCUAGUUCUGUCACGAACAGCAGCAUUAUGAGGAAUCCAAUACCAGUAGCAGCAGAGAAGGCCGCAGCUGAUGAGAUUCCAUGCAGCUUGAGCACCAGCGAUGAUAGCAUGGGGAGCUGGUCACAGCUCAUUAAUGAAGAGGACCACGCAGAAGACAGCAGUAGCUAUCUUCAUCUCAGUGAAAGCAAUGGGAACAGCAGCGCUUCAAGUAGUCUUGGCUUAGUGGACCUGGAUGCCUAUCAGGAAAACCUUUCAGCGCGUGCUUUACCCAGUGAAAUCGUAAGUGAAAAGGAGACAGCGAAAGAUAACCAUGAACAUUUGGAUGAAAAAACAUCUCAGUUAUCAAUGGGGGCAGUCGGCUGCCAUAAGGACUUUCUUGUGCUGAAUUUUGACCUGAGCCCUGAGUGUGUUGACUCUGAAUUGAGAGCAAUUUUGCAGUGGAUAGCAGCUUCUGAACUUGGUUUCCCAGUGAUUUACUUCAAAAAAUCCCAGGAAAAAAAGAUUCAAAAGUUUUUAGAUGUUGUCCACUCUGCUCACCAGAAAGCCUGGAAGCUUAAAGAUCUAUUUCUUGCAAUCCUGCAGUAUUGUAAAGUGCAAGAGGAGGGAGGAAGCCUUCCAACAAGAAGUCUGUUUGAUUGGCUUCUUGAAUUUGGCUAA